AUGGAACAGUUUUCUUUUUUGACGAUCGCGUAUUUGGUAUUUCAAUCUGUAUUGCAAGUUAUUAUAAUCUCAUUUGCAGGUUUCUGGAGUGCUUAUUCUGGGCUACUUCCAAAGAGUGCUCAAAAAGUAGUCUCAAAAUUAAACGUAGAUCUAUUUACUCCAUGUCUGAUCUUCAGCAAAUUGGCAAGAUCGUUGUCUGUUGCCAAAGCUAUUGAAAUAUCCAUCAUUCCUUUAUUCUUCAUUUUAACAACAUUUAUUUCAUAUUUUUCAGGAAGUAUAGUUGCUAAGUUUUUGAGAUUAAAUAAAAAUGAAUCAAAUUUUAUUAUUGGUAAUUCAAUCUUUGGUAAUAGUAACUCAUUGCCUGUUUCUUUAACCGUUUCAUUAGCCUAUACAUUACCUGAUUUAACUUGGGAUCAAAUCCAAGAUGAUACAAGAGAUAAUGUUGCUUCAAGAGGUUUAUUAUAUUUAUUAAUUUUCCAACAAUUUGGUCAAAUGUUACGUUGGAGUUGGGGCUAUAAUACUUUAUUAAGAUGGACUGAUGGUAUUAAUCCAAAUAGACAUCCAUCCAUUUUAUCACAAUCUCAAUUAGAAGAACAAAAUUUGCCAACUUCUACUUCAAGAGGAAGUAGGAAAUCUAACUUUAUUUCCACAAUUCAAAGAGUAGAAGAUCCACAGGAAUCAUUAUCUGUGGAAUAUUACGGUGAAGAAGAACCACAAGAUUUACCACAGAAUCCUGUUCAAUUAUCAUCUGAUCAACAAGUUAUUCAAGAAUCUAAGUGGCAAAAAUUUAUCAGUAGAUUACGUCAACAAUUGAAUCCUCCUUUAUACUCAAUGAUUAUAUCUGUAUUUGUUGCAUCUGUGACGCCGAUACAAAGAGAAUUAUUUAUAGAAGAUGGAUUUAUUAAUAAUACUCUUGCUGAGGCUGUCGAUCAAUUAGGUUCAGUGUCGAUCCCUUUAAUAUUAAUUGUUUUGGGAUCAAAUCUUUACCCAUCUCCUCCCAAAGGAGAAAAUGAUAUCACUGACGAUAAUUAUGUUAUAAGACGUUCACAGAAUCAUAAUAAAUUAGUUUUUGGUUCUAUUGUUGGUAGAAUGAUCUUACCUUCAAUUUUUUUAUUACCAAUCAUUACAUUAUUAGUAAAAUAUAUUAAUACAAGUAUUUUAGAUGAUCCAAUUUUCUUAGUAGUUGGAUUUUUAUUGACAGUUUCUCCACCUGCUAUUCAAUUAACACAAAUUACGCAAUUAAAUGAAUUUUUUGAAGCUGAAAUGGCAACUAUUUUAUUUUGGGGGUACGUUGUUUUAAGUUUACCUGUUAGUAUUGUUGUAGUGUCAGGAGCAAUCUCUGUUUUACAAUGGGCAAAUCCUCAGCAUUGA